UGCCAAAGCAGUAAAUAUCAUCCUGGCUAAGCUAGCAGUUUACCAAGCUACACACCGUUCAAAGAAACUAGUGCAUGUUUUCUCAUCCGUGACCGGUUCAGUGUCAUUAGAAAGCCGUGUGCUAUGCUUCGUUGAGGGAUGAACCGACAGCCCUGUCCGUUACCGUAAAAGGAGGCUCCACCGUUACAUCAAAUCUCGCCAAACGCGUUAACCCGGAGCGCUAAACCAGGAGGCUUCGCUGCUGGUGACUAUGCAAGGGGAACCUGCGGCGGUAAGAAUCGCAGAAAACGACAGCAAGCUGGAUGUAUUUCCCCAGAACCGAACCCCGAGUUCGGGGAGAGCGAGUGCCAAAAGUUGGCAGUACAGUGAUCACAUGGAGAACAUUGACGGGUACCUGAUGAAAUACACAAACCUGGUGACAGGCUGGCAGUACAGGUUCUUCGUCCUGAACAAUGAGGCUGGAUUGCUGGAGUACUUUGUCAACGAGCAGUCGCGUCCCCAGAAGCCCCGUGGGAUGCUCCCCCUGGCUGGUGCAGUCAUCUCCCCAAGCGAUGAAGACUCCCACACCUUCACGGUGAACGCCAUCAGCGGCGAGCAGUACAAGCUCCGGGCCUGCGAUGCCAAAGAGAGGCAGCACUGGGUCAGCCGGCUGCAGAUCUGCACACAACACCACACAGAGGCCAUGGGCAAGAAUAAUCCCCCUCCCAGUUCCCGUAGCUACUCUGUGGCUUCCCAAGGCAGUGGGAGCUCCCCCAUGUCGGCGCGGCGGCCUAGCCAAAACACCGCCUCUUUGUUUGGCUGGACGCAAACCAACAAGGGCUCAUCGCUCUACUCCAGCAAGAGGUCCAUGGUGCCGGACCACCUUGUGGACGCCCGAGAGAUGAUGAGCCAGGCCCAGGGCCAACACAAAGACCUGAUCCAGAGCAUCGAGGGGCUGCCGGCGGCCCCCGGCCUCUCCCCGCUGGAUCAGGAUCUGCUGAUGCUUAAAGCCACCUCCAUGGCCACCAUGAGCUGCCUGAACGAGUGCCUGCACAUCCUGCACCUGCAGCAGAUGGCCCGACAGAGGAGCUCCUUGGGAGCAGCACCCACCAUAGAGUGGCUGGAGCCCAAACUGCCCGACAUCCUGAAGAACGGCAGCAGCUCCCUGGGCAGCUUCACGACGGAGGAGGGGCAGCUGGAGGGGGGCCGCCUGGAGCUCAGCUCCCCCGAGUCCUGCAAUUUCUCUGGGGAGCAGGAGUACAUCGAUCCAGAAGAUGAGUUGGAGGACUCAUGUACAGACAAAGAAGAAGACCUGGGUGCUGUGGAGGAGGAGCGAAGCGUCAUCCUACACCUGCUGUCUCAGCUGAAGCUGGGCAUGGACCUCACACGAGUGGUCCUCCCCACUUUCAUCCUGGAGAAGCGCUCUUUGCUGGAGAUGUACGCAGACUUUAUGUCCCACCCAGACCUCUUUGUUGCAAUUGCCGAUGGCAGCAGCCCUGAAGACCGCAUGGUCCGGUUCGUAGAGUAUUACCUCACAUCCUUCCAUGAAGGCCGCAAAGGCGCCAUCGCCAAGAAGCCAUACAACCCCAUCAUUGGUGAGACGUUCCACUGCUCUUGGAGGGUUCCCAGGAGACCAGACCCCUCCAAGGAACCAUUGCAGGAGAGUCCAGAAGUUGUCGCCCCCAUUCAGGAGCCAUUGCACCUCCGUUUUGUGGCUGAGCAGGUAUCCCAUCAUCCACCUGUGUCUGGCUUCUACGCCGAGUGCCAGGAGAAGCAGAUUUGUGUGAACACACAUGUCUGGACCAAGAGCAAGUUCAUGGGGAUGUCUAUCGGAGUGUCCAUGAUUGGAGAGGGUUGUCUGCAUCUGCUGGAGCAUGACGAGGAGUACACCUUCACACUGCCCUGUGCCUACGCCCGCUCCAUCCUCACUGUUCCCUGGGUGGAGCUGGGCGGAAAAGUCAACAUCAGCUGCAACAAGUCGGGCUACUCGGCCGUCAUCACGUUCCAGACUAAACCCUUUUAUGGAGGGAAGCUACAUAAGGUAACGGCGGAGGUGAAGCACAACGCCACCAAUGCGGUGGUGUGUCGUGUGCAGGGCGAGUGGAACGGAGUGUUGGAGUUCAGCUACACCAGUGGGGAGACGAGGGUGGUGGACGUCACCAAGCUACCCGUAACGAGGAAAUGCGUUCGGCCGAUCGAGAAGCAGACUCCCACUGAAUCCAGACGCCUGUGGCAGCACGUGACAGAAGCCUUACGAGUGAAGGACAUCGAAAAGGCCACGGAGCACAAGAGGAUCCUGGAGGAGAGGCAACGGACGGAGGAGAGGCACCGCAUGGAGACAGAAACACCAUGGAGGACCAAAUAUUUUGACCGAGAGGGCGAUGGUUGGAUUUACCGUAAACCACUUUGGAAAGACUCUUCAUUCAAGUCCUCUACAGUCUUCUAAUGAACCGAGGAGCGUCUGUGUGCACAUGUGCAUGCAGAUCACAGCAUGGCCUGCAGAGGGGGAGAGAGAGAGAGAGAAGUGUUGAUGAUUCUCACAGACAGAAUAAAGGUUUUGUACUGCUGAUCUGUGUUUUUUACAAGGUGCGAUAUCGAUGAAAGCAUAUUCCUGUACAGGUACUCCCAGCCUUAAGACAGUCGAAUGAUGAAUGAUGACUCCGCCUGCUAUGGUUCCUUUUUCUCAUUUUCUUUUUGUGCCCCCCCCCCCCCCCCCCCCCCCCCAUUUGUUUUCCAUUCAGUUCCUACUGUUGAGAUUUACUGGAUAUUAUUUAAACACACUUCAUUUCAGCACUAGUCAUUCUGGGGCUUUGUAAACAUUGAUUAGUCUUACUUUCUGACUCACAGCAGCAUAUUUGAGCAACGUGGAGGUGAAAAGGUUGAAUUCUAAGAAAGAAAGAUCAAAACUCAAAUAUUUCUAGGAUUUUAGUCAUAAAAAUGUAAAAGAAUUGUACUUUUGUUUUUUUCUCCAUAAACACUCCUUUAAAGGGAUAUUCCACCCCAAAUUGAAAAUGUGUCUGUUGCCAUAUUUCCCAGAGAUAAGUGGGAAAAAAUGUUUACAACCAGCCCAGUCAUUCUCCUGACCCGGCUGUGCUGCUUUAGCGUUAGCUUAGCAUAAAACACAGUAAGUGAAUGGAUCCAACUAGCAUUGUGAGUAAAAACGUCCUUAAAAUCACUCGGUAGUGAUCCCAAUUCUGCUGGGUGACCUAAAUAAUCAGACUGACUGCAAGUGAAAAUAAUUAGUAACAUGAAGGAAUCACAGGUGCAAUUUUAGACUUGGGACUACUUUAUGACAAAGCACAACUGUAAGCCUCCAUUUAAAGGCAGCUUCUAGGGCACCUGCUUCCAUUAACACAAAUGCAACACACACCAGUGGAGCUCCAGUUGCUUCUCUGCAAAUGCAACGUGUCUAUUUUUUCUUUCGCCGACAUCACGUGUGUGUGUGUGUUUUAUGGUGGUUCGGUUUGCAUUUGCGUUUCCAGAAGCGAGUGUCUUUGGGGCUGCCUUGCACCUUUCAGCGGAGGCUUACAGCUGUGCUUUGUCAUAAAGUUUAAAAUGGCGCCUGUGAUUCCUUCAUGUCACCAAUUAUUUUCGCUUGCAGUCAUACUGAUUAUUUAUGUCACCCAGCAGAAUUGGGAUCAUUACCGAGUGAUUUUAAGGACGUUUUACUCACAAUGGAUCCAUUGUUCAUUGGAUCCAUUCACUUACUGUGUUUUAUGCUAAGCUAACGCUAAAGGAGCACAGCCGGGUCAGGAGAAUGACUGGGCUGGUUGAAAACAUUUUUUCCCACUUAUCUCUGGGAAAUAUGGCAACAGACACAUUUUCAAUUUUGGGUGUAAUAUCCCUAUAAUCUUGGAAUAUUUGGAUUUUUUUUUUCUUAUUCACGAGUCUCUAAUAUGAUAUUCUUCCACAGUGUAGUAUAUCUGCUAUAAUCUCUAAUUCUAAAGGAAGAGAUCAUCCAGAUUACAGUGUUUUCAUCAAUUAUUUCCCCCUUGUUCUGCCAGAAAACACUUAGUUUGCCUGAUUAUUAGCAGCUUAAACAUGACAUGGUUUAUAAAAGAUUAUUUACUAAUGUAACUGUUGCAAAUAAACACUUUAGUGUUUAUAAAUCAUUUAUAGCACAUUUGUGUUCAGCUAAUUCUACUUUUUGUUUAUUAACGAAUAAAAACCAAUCGACCCUUUAACCAGGCAGCAUCUUUUCUGAAUGUUGCUAAAAUCUACAAAGGCCCAUUUCUGUCACUAAAAAGAGAAUGAUUUUCACUUUGAAUGUCAUAAAUAUGACUUUGAAACUCAAAAAUAUAAUUUUGUAUCUUGUAUUUUGCACUUUCAAUGUCACGAUUGUGACAAAAAUUCACAUAAUUUUGACUUUGAAACUCAUUUACUUCAGUAUUUACCUGUUUGAAAAUCAUAGUUUUGACAAAUAUUCAAAUAAGGAUUUUCAAAGUUAAAAUUAUUUGGAUGUCAUAAUUUAGAUUUUUCAUAUGAUUAUCACUUGGAACGCUGUAAGUACGUCUGCAUUAUAGCAAAGACUUUGUAUCUCAUAAUUCUAACUUUGAAAGUCGUAAUUAUGGCUUUGAAAGUUAAAGAACUAUUUAAAAUCAUAAAUGGAUAAUAUUUCAUAACUGUCACCCAUAAAUCAUAGCUUCUCAUUUUUUGUGGAAAACGUGACAAAAACGGGCUCUUGCAACAUUCAUUCGUCACCACAUUUCCUUGAGUUGCGUUAAUUUGCAGUAUUUUUGAGAGAAAGCAGCUCAUUUAUUGAUUGUUUGAAUGCUGUUGAUAUGAACAUAUAUUAGCUACACCGAUUGAAUGGCAUGCCCUAGAUUAGCUGGUAAAGUUCAACAUUUUUAUUAAAGAUUAAUACAAAUAUGGAAAUUGCGUGUGAAUGCAUCUAAGUUUAUCCCCAGUCGGUGUAUCUCUUUUUGUUUUUUGGGUGCGUGACGUACAGAUGUCAUUUUGAUUGCACCAAGUCUCUAACUGUUCAUUUUUCUUGUGAAGCUUUUAACCAAAUUAGAUGUCUUUUUUUUUUUUUUUGGGGUAACACAAUAAAUAUUUUCCUUAAACACGUGGUUAUCCUGCAUCCUGUGCUUUAAUCGCUCUUAUUUUCAGAGCUGCUUUUUUGUAUACAAACUCUUUGUUGCAUCAGUGUUUCCUGAUUUCUUUAGCAGUUUCUUUUUAUCAUCCAAUUCCCAUCAGAAACUCUUAAAUGCACCCUGCCAUUGAUAAGCUACUCCCACUCAGUCUUGGUGCCUUAUGCUGUGUUUUAUGUGUAUCUCUUCAGCGUUUUCAUCCCUAAUCCACCCGACCGAUGCACUGAUGUAUGUUUUUUGUUUCUGUUUUUACUUUUUAAAAGACUGGUGAUCAAGCUUGGCAGACUUCAACUUGAGCACCUUUUAUUCCAGUUUUUGGUCAUUCUGCUUUCUGAUUUCUACCCUAUGAAAUGCACUGAUGUUGAAGGAAACCUGAUGUAGAAAAAUGUGUGAUGAUACUCAAAUAAAGUUGCAUAUCACCUGUA